AUGAAGCCAUUAUCAAUCGCAUCGGCGUUCCUGGCCGUCGCUUCCAGUGCCUUCGCCGCAUCCUCUGGGGAUUCACAGCCAUCGCAGUUCAAGCCGCCGCAAGUCUUCAAGAAUGCCAAUCUGGUCCAUAUCAUUUCUUUGGAGAAGAACUACGCCAAGGAGCAGAUCAAUGUACUAGUAGAGAAUGUGUCCAAGGAGCCGCAAAGCGAAUACUACCUGCCCUUCACGACAGAGCAGAUUGCUCGAGUUGGUGGAUUUGAAGUAAAGGACCGCAAGGACGCCAACGCAGGACCGUUUAUUUCACAGGCAGUCGAAUAUGAUCCCAACAGCAAUGUUCAGUAUUACCGUAUACGUCUCCCAACCCCGCUCAAGGCCGGCGGCCAGCAGACUCUCGGCAUUUCGUUCUACAAUCUGAAGGCAUACAAGCCUCUGCCUGCCUCCAUCAAGCAGGACGACAAGCAAUUUCUCGUCUACGACUUCUCCAUCUAUGCGCCGUCUGCUUAUCCCACCUCAAAACAAAAGACCGAGAUCAAAGCCGCGUCAGCCUCAGUGCCCGAUUAUACCAAGAUUACAGAAGGCAAGGACGAGUUACCGCAGAAGCAGGGUGCCAAGCUCACAUACGGUCCUUUCGGUGAGAAGCCAGCUGGAGCCGCGUCGCCUGCUCAAGUUCGAUUCGAGUUUACCAAGCCCGUGACCCACGUUUCCACCCUGGAACGUGAUAUCGAGGUCAGCCAUUGGGGAGGCAAUAUUGCGUUUGAGGAACGAUACACUCUGCACCAUCGUGGUGCCAACUUGUCAUCUCCUUUCAAUCGAGUCAAGUAUGCGCAGUCUGCCUUCUAUAACCCUGCCUCUACUGCUCUGAAGGAGCUCCGAGUGCCUCUCCAGGUGGGCACUGUUGACCCUUACUUCACCGAUGUCAUUGGCAACGUUUCGACAUCCAAGUUCAGAAGCGGCAAGCGCGAGGCAUUGCUCGAGCUUAAGCCUCGAUAUCCCCUUUUUGGUGGCUGGAACUAUCCCUUCACCAUUGGAUGGAACUCGGAUGCUGCGAACCUUCUCCGCAAGACUGCCACUGGUGGCUAUGUUCUCAAGGUUCCCUUCCUUGAGGGUCCCAAGCAGCCCGAGGGUGUUGAGUAUGGACAAAUUCAUAUUCGAGUUGUUCUGCCUGAGGGAGCUCGCAACGUCAAGUACUACACCGGAGUGCCCGAAUCAUCCAUUGUCGAAACGUCAGUCGGCGUCCACAAGACGUAUCUUGACACCUUGGGCCGCACAUCAGUGACCAUCAAGGCACAGAAUUUGGUCGACGACUUCCGAGACCGCGAUGUCAUCAUCUCAUACGAGACAUCAACGUUUGAUACUCUGCGAAAGCCUUUUAUUGUGUUUGCCAGCAUGAUGGGUGUAUAUGCCGCCGCCUGGGCAAUUGGCAAGGUGGAAGUUGGGUUUUCCAAGAAGUAA